UUGACCUUAUCUCUGUGAAGUCAUUGUGCCUCCUCUUUGGGAUCACUUGUUCAGCCUUGAUGGCCUUUCAGGACCUCCUGGAUCAAGUUGGAAGCCUGGGGAGAUUCCAUGUCCUUCAGACUGCUUUCUUUUGUGUCUGCAUCCUUAUAGUAUACCCUCAUAUUCCAUUGGAGAACUUCACUGCAGCCGUCCCUGGUCACUGCUUCUGGGUCCACAUCCUUGACAUUGACACUGUCUCAGCUAAUGGCACUGAAAUCCUCAGCCAAAAUGCCCGCCCGAGAAUCUCCAUCCCACUGGACUCAAACUUUAGGCCAGAGAAAUGUCGUCGCUUCCUCCAUCCCCAGUGGCAGUUCCUUCACAUGAAUGGGACCUUCUCCGAAACAACUGAGCUGGAUACGGAGCCUUGUGUAGAUGGCUGGGUGUAUGACCAAAGCUCCUUCUCCUCCACCAUUGUGACUGAGGUAAGAGACCUGGUAUGUGGAUCUCAAUCACUAAGAUCAGUGGCUCAAUUCCUAUUUAUGGCUGCCCAGCUGCUGGGAGGUCUGGUAUUUGGCCAUCUUUCAGACAGGUGAGUGUCACGUCACUUUGGGAGGAAGAUGGUGUUCAGAUGGUGUUUGUUCUAGUUCGCCAUUGCUAACACCUGUGCAUCCUUUGCUCCCACCUUCCUCCUUUACUGCUCAUUAUGCUUCUUGGGCUUCUGUAUCAUGACUGUUAUUACAAACUCUUUCACUACAAUGUCAGAGUGGACAGAGCUCCAAUCAAUAGCUAUGAUAACAGGGAUAAUAAUAACUUUCUGCAGUAUUGGACAGAUACUCCUGGGAGGACUGGCUUUUUCCAUUUGUGACUGGUGCACACUGCAACUGACAAUGUCUAUACCCUUAUUCAUCUUCUCCUUGUUCUCCAGUGCCCACUGUGACACUUGA